UUCUGACAGCGAUUUGUUUUUCGACGUAAUCACUAUUUUCAUAAUUUUUUUAUAUGCAAAUUUUACAUGUAUUUCGUUGAUGCUCGACUAGUUUCGUGUUAAAAUGAGCGCCCUUGACGAAGAACUGGAUACAAAGAAAGAUCACAUCAACAAAAUUGUCCUUUCGGAUGAGGUUCAGCAAGCUAUUGAACAGGUACUGCAAAGCUCCGACCCAUUGGAUCAUCCUGAUUUUGAUGCAACCGACUACGUAAACCAGCUAUUUCCGAACGAACAGUCGUUGUCCAACAUUGAUGAUGUUAUCACUAAGAUGGAAUAUGACAUCAGCUUGAUAGACGACAACAUUCGGAGUGUGGUUCGUGGACAAGUUAACACGGGAGAAAAUGGUCGAGCUGCCCUCAAGGAAGCUCAGCAAUCGAUUACCCAGCUGUUUGCCCUAAUUACGGAUAUUAAAUCAAGGGCGGAGAAAACUGAAGACAUGGUGAAGGAAAUUACGCGAGACAUUAAGCAGUUAGAUUCCGCCAAGAAUAAUUUGACUUACGCUAUCACCACACUGAACCACCUGCACAUGUUGGUUGGGGGAGUGGAAAACCUGAAACGAUUGGCGGAACGUCGACAAUACGGGGAAAUUUUGAACCCACUGCAGGCUAUAAUCGAGGUUAAUCAGCACUUUCGACAGUAUUCGGAAAUCUCGCAGAUUCAGACCCUGUCGUCACAGGUGCAACAGAUACAAACUGAACUAGCAACACAGAUAACGGAGGAUUUUAAGAACUUCUUUGCACCUGCGGUUGGUGGUGGUCAAACUCCGAAUCGAAUGACGAUAACUCAGCUUAAGGAUGCCUGUCAGGUCGCCUCGGUGUUGGAUAAGCCAGUUAAGAAGAACGUUUUGCAGUGGUACAUAAAUUUGCAACUGCAGGAGUACGUUCAAUUAUUUCACGAGAAUCAGGAUAUUGCUUGGUUGGACAAAAUUGAUAAGCGAUACGCAUGGCUUAAACGGCAUCUGCUGGACUUCGAAGAGAAGUAUGGGAGUAUUUUCCCGCAGGAUUGGGAUGUUUCCGAACGAAUUACCGUUCAAUUUUGUACCAUUACACGUGACGAGUUGAUAAAAAUUAUGAAUCGACGGAGAACUGAGAUCGAUGUUAAAUUAUUGCUGUUUUCCAUUCAGAAAACCACAAACUUCGAACAGCUGUUGGAUAAGCGAUUUAUCGGCACAACCCUUGCGGAGACGAAACAGGUUAAUAAGGCAAACGAGAAACCAUCCUUCAUAGAUCUGAUUGGUACAUGUUUCAAGUCCUAUUUGGAUAUUUACACGGAUAGUAUCGAUCGUAGUUUGGCCGAGUUGAUAGAUCAGUUUGCUCAGCAGAAUCAACAGCCAUUAGUGCCAAAGGAUGGAAAUGCGUCCGUUUUUCCUAAUUGCGCCGAACUAUUCGUGUUCUACAAAAAAUGUAUGGUUCAGUGUACACAGCUUAGCAACGAAAAACCCAUGUACGAUUUGACUUUAAUCUUCAAAAAAUAUCUACGCGAAUAUUCUAGCAAAGUUUUGGAAGCUCGAAUUCCAAAACUACAACAAACGAGUUCAACGACAUCCAUCAGCAAUAGUAUGUCACUGUUGACUAAGGAUUUACAAAAUCUAUCAACCGCAGCUGGUCAGGUGAUACACAACUUCCUGAAAGAAGGCGAGGCACCGAGAUAUAGUCUCGAAGAAAUUCGCAAGAUAUGCUACGUGCUAGCCACCGCUGAGUACUGCCUUGAAACGGUCCAACAGCUCGAGGACAAACUCAAAGAAAAGAUUGGAAAAUGCUACGUUAACAGAGUUGACUUAUCCGAUGAGAAGGACGUUUUUCAUCGAAUCAUUUCCAAUUGCAUUCAAUUACUUGUUCAAGAUCUGGACACUGGAUGUGAACAGUCACUAAUUUUGAUGACGAAAAUUGCCUGGCAUAACAUCAGCAAUGUUGGCGAUCAGAGCGGUUUUGUAAACCAGAUAGUCUCCAACCUGAAGCAGUCUGUACCGACGAUCCGGGACAAUCUGUCUGCCAGCAGAAAAUACUACACCCAGUUCUGCCACAAAUUUGUUAAUUCGUUCAUUCCAAAGUACAUUAACACACUGUUUAAACUGAGACCAACCACCGUCGGGUCAUCCUCUUCAUCUUCCUCGAUGGUAACCAGUGCAUCAAGUUCUAGUAUCUCUGAAGGAACCAACUCGGCAUCCGGUAGUAAUCCAGCUGGAAACAUUCUCGGAUGCGAGCAACUGCUACUGGAUACGCACAGCUUAAAAACGGUCCUUAUGGACCUGCCCUCGAUUGGAUCACAGGUACAACGAAAACCCCCGGCAACUUACACCAAAGUGGUGGUCAAAGGAAUGGCAAAGGCAGAAAUGAUAAUAAAAGUGGUGAUGCAACCGAUCCAUCCGGUUUCACUGUACAUCGAACAGUAUCUGAAGAUGCUACCGGAGAGCCCGGUGACGGAGUUCCACAAAAUUUUGGAAAUGAAAAGCGUGAAGAAAAUAGAGCAGCAGCAGUUGGUGGAACUUUAUAAGCGAUCCUGCCCGCUGACUGCACAGCAGAGUAGCGGCAUGACAGACGGCGGGAGCUCGGCAACAGCAGGUGCAGGAGAUGCACCACCACUUAGCCAAUCACAACAUGCAGCUGCAACGGCAGCGGCGGCUAUCAGUGGUGCGGGUUCUAGUAUUAUUGCCCUGGGUGAUUCCCUUAUGGACAAAGGAAGGAUUAGGAAAAUCGAAAAUUUGAUUAAGAACAGGUUGCCCAACUAGGUAAGCGGCAUAAGUACACCAAUAAAUGCGAUA